GUUAAAUAUCUUGUCUCCUGCUCUUCCUAAUGGAAUGCUGCCAAGUUUUGUCACUUGUCUCAUAUUUCUUUCCCUCAUAAUGGACUCCAAAGACCGGCAACUGUACCAUGUCCCGGCAGGUCCUCUACCACCACCAAGUUACUCAGAGGCAACUACAACAGACCCUCUCACAACAGAUGGCUUUGUGUCGCCUAUGACAACAACCUCCAGCCCCGUUGCCUUCAAUGUCUCCGUGUCCCCAAUGGCCAUGACACCAAUAACCUCUCGAUCGACCGAGUCAUUCACAUUACCCCCCCUUACCGAAACAGAUCUCGACUCUCGCAACCAUAGCACACUCGAAGUAGCACACUCUCCUCGAGCUGAUUCGGAUUGCCUUCCACAGGCCGUCAUACACGAUGCCCCCGAACUUGCUCUCGUGGAAUACGCCCAUAAUCGCGACAACCUACCUAUGAUUAGUACAACACCACAAACAAAUAUCGAAUAUGCUUCUGGUUUGGAAGUCAUACCUGCUCCCCCGGGAUCGAAUACCGUAACGCCUCUACAUCUCCUUGGGGACCAACCUGAAGCCAUCGAUUGUCCGUUCUGUCUACGCCGAAGCGAAACAAGAGUGAAGAAGAAGCCUUCCAGCACAACUCAUCUACAAGCUGUUGCGCUGCUGAUGACCACAGUCUGUGGAGCAGUCGCUCCAUAUAUGGCAAAGUGGUCAUUCGACAUUGAGCACAUCUGCGACAAUUGUCAAAAUAGGGUGAUGUACAGAGCAAGAGGGAAGGAUAUAAGAAUUUGCAAAGCACCGGCUGCGUGGAAGGAAGAGUCAAAAUACCCCGAUGUUAAGAAUAGCAUGAGUCCGGUGACCCAGUGACGAAAAUGCUGAGGACAACAAGAUUUCAAGGGAGGGGCUGGACUCUGAACUGUGUAUAACCUGACACAUUUUAUCAUGCCCACCAUUGGGCUUCUCUUCGGUCACGAUCUUUAGCAUACCUCGUUAACCAUAUUGUAACUAUAUAAUUAAUCCAUACACAUCAAAGUCAUGGCACAGAAG